GUGCAGCAACAUGUCGGAGGCGGGAACUACAACGGCCUGACCACCACCUUUGGCGCGCCACAGUGCAAAAGCAAGCAGCUUUCUACCGCCGACGCGCGUUUUCUGUACAUCCAGAGCAGCAGUGUGGCGCGUUACCUUUCCGCCUCCUCUAGUAAUGACGCAGCAUCCGUCGGGUCUGCCGCUGAUGUCGAAAAAUAUCUGCGGCGAGAAUACCGCCUGGUAGAAAACGCUCGGACGCUUCUCCGCCGUUUGUUAUCAGCUGGAGUAGGUACUAGCAGCAGCAGCUCAGGAGCCUCUACUUCCACCGCCGUAGUGCCUCGCCCCUCUGAAGAUGAAGGGGGUGUGUGCUUGAUGCGUAUCCCGAAGCCCAGUCCUGUCCAUCACUAUUUCUGUGUUGCUGGGCGGCGGCAUAGGCCUGCGAUGGUGCCAGAGCAGAUGUCCAUGCCGGAGCCAGAGCCGGAGGAGCUGGCUGCAGUUCACGACGAAGUAGGCACGAGUACUUCAUCUCCCUUACCGACGAACGAAGGUCCGACGAGCGGGCAGGGCCUAGUAACGACGGACGGAGCCUCCGGUCGGGAUGACGACGACCUGCAGUGGUGCGCCGCGCAGGACUUGGACUCCUUUAAAUACACACAGGGAUACAAUGCGGGGUUUGCACUCCCACCACUCGAGGGCGCCCGCCAAGAAGAACAGCACGACGAAGCAGCGACGUUGCUGUCUUUCACAGCGAGUCAUGACAUGGCAGCGCCAGCUGAAGGCCGCACCUCCUGUCACUGCCUGCAAAAGUUUAUCCCGCGCAAAAACGUCGUCCCCGCCCCAGAGUUGUGGUGCAGAUUUGCAAUGACAGGAAUGCUGGCAAUUCGCGCUCCCAUGACGAGAGGCAUUUUGCAUCGUGUUUUGGCAUUUUUGCUGCUGUAAACAGGAUGAGGAGAUGAAUUCGUGAUGUGGGUGCCCUUGCGAACCUGCACAACAAUCCUACAGAAAGAAACUUGUCAUGCGUGGUUCCCAAAGUUCCUAGAUUAGUGUUGCAGACCACUUCCCAACCAUUGAUUCUGGGGCGGGGACGCUUUUGCACAGGAUAAAGCUGGCUUUCGAACCAGCGCACUACCUGUGGCGACCGUACCGUGCCAGCGCGGCGGAGCUUGAUCUAGAAUUUCGGGGCAUGACUCGGGCGGGAGAGGAGGACGGCAAAGGAGAGCAGUGGUGCUUGGAACAGCAGAAGAGGGGGGGCUCGCUAUCACAAUGUUGAAAACCACAUCUGCCCUGGCGUUAGAUAGAAGAGAUCAAGCGUUUGGCUUUUGAUGAAAAUUUUUUUACCGUCUCGCAUGCGAAGCAGUUCAGUAGCAAUAAAAAGGCACUGCGCAACGAGUCUCGGUUGUAUAGAGGCACAGUCAGUGCAGUACUAUCACUUUUCAGGUGCGGGCUGCUGUUUUUUAUGCCUAGCUCCUGAAGAAAAGGCGCACAAAUCGAUGACUAUGUCAUUAAGUAGUUUUCACGGACUUUACUUCGCAUGAAGUACAAAUAAGUCAUGCCAGCACAGACCAGACAUUUCUGUGCCUCUUCGCUGGAGGUGGCACCGCCAGGGCGUUUUUCCUCUUGAUCCCCGCACCCGAACUACGUCUUGUUAUAUCGAAAUGCCAACGUGGAGAUCCAAGGGUUCCCGCUGUGGAGAGGCGAGGCACAUGAAAGGGCCGGAGGACAAGAGCGCGACCCGCGCCUUUCUUUCCCGAGUACGGGAAGCAUCUGUCUCAAGCGCGUACGGCAGCGCAGGGUGUCGGAUGUGCAGGGCGUGGAUUUCCGUGUCGUAACUGCGACAAGCAGCGUCCCCCACGCAGAAGAGCACAGGAGUGACCAGCCGGAGGUGGAUCCCGAGCCGGCGUCCGGCUCCGCAGCGCCGGGAGAAAACU